GGAAGGGCUGUCAGCUUACAACAACCAGCUGACGGGUCCGAUUCCCCCUGAGCUUGGGCAGCUGAUGCGCUUACACGAGCUUGGACUCUCCGAAAAUCAGCUGACGGGUCGCAUUCCGGGCGAACUUGGCCGACUGAAGAACUUGGAAAGCCUCUCGCUGGACCAUAACCAACUGACAGGAGAGAUCCCACAUGAACUGCGUCUACUCAAACGCUUGGAAUUGUUGGAUCUGUCCCGGAACCAGCUGAGUGGUGCACUUCCCCCGGAACUGGGUGAGCUCGAACACUUGGAUUUGUUUGCAGCCCAUGGAAACCAGCUGAGUGGUGCAAUUCCUGCCGCGCUCGGCAAGUUGCAGAAACUAAAAUACCUUUAUUUGAACCAAAACCAAUUCACGGGUGAGAUUCCACCUGAAUUCGGCCAAUUCAAAGUGAUGGAAUCACUGUCCGUUUCCAGGAAUCUUUUGACUGGUGAGAUUCCCCGCGAACUUGGCCAACUCGAGAACCUGCAGGAACUCUUCCUCUAUUCAAACCGCUUCACUACAAUCUCAGUCGCAUUCAACUCGUCUGCUUUGAGACUCCUUGAUGCCAGUCGAAACCAUCUCAGAGGUGUUCUUGUGAUGCAACUCAUGACGCCGAAACUCCAAAUAUUGGAUUUGAGCCACAACAAGUUAGCUGGAGAGAUUUCCAGCAUUACAGAUUAUUUUUGUGCAUUAAAUCCCAGAGGCGGAGUCUUGCAAGAGCUGCGCUUGAAUCACAACAAACUCACAGGUCAACUACCGCCGUGCCUCAUGAAGUUUGAGAACUUGACUUUUCUAGCUCUCAAUGACAAUCGUUUCACUGGAACUUUGCCCGAAAUUGAAGCAUUAGAGCUUGCGGUCUUGACCCUGCACAGGAAUGGUUUUACGGGUUUUCUUCCAAAGACCUUGUACAGUCUGAGGCACCUUGGAGUUUUGACGCUUCAUGAAAACUCGAUCGGAGGAAGCAUUGAUGGCCUCAAUUUGAGUGUCCCGUGCCUGGAUAACUCCAGAUUCAGAAUAUUUGAGAUCGCCACCUGCCAAGAUUGCUUUGAGGCUUAUGCGGACUUAACAAGCCAUCAACUUCGACAAGCAGAAGCCAACUGCCCCAAACUCUUCAACACCUGCCCCACCAAAGGCCUGGUUAAUGUCACCUUGCACCGGAAUCGCUUCUCGUGUGCCAUUCCGAACAGUAUUAGCAACAUGCAUGUUUCUGGCUUGGUGAUGAUGGGGAACAUGCUCGGGGAUGGAAGCCCUUUGAAUGCUCCUUGGAUCUCGAAGGAAGAACAUCAACCCUUCCUCUACUAUUCUCCGAAUAUCUGGAAGUCCAAUGUGUUCAUCUUGACUGGUUUGUCCUUGAUGAUGACCAUUCUUCUUGUGUGCCAGCUCAUGCUUCGAAGAAGACUUCAAGAGCUGUCCCGACGAUUAGACUUGGACGCCAGAGCACGCGUGGUUUCAUCAAGCUUGGCACUGAUAAAGGCUGCAGUGUUCGCCUUCCUAUUGGCCAGUCCACUUCUGUUGAUCUUCUAUUUCGGUGGCAAAUACUACAACUGCAACCCGCCCUUGUUGCAAAUAACAGCUGCAGAUUUCUAUGCAGAGCCGUUGAUGGAGCUUGGUGUCAUCAUCUGCUGGUGCUCGAUGCAGCUGUUUUUUUGUAGCAUCUCGGCUGACAUUCCGAAGCCUACUUGCCAGAAGCCCAAGCGCGUCUUCAGUUACAAAAGGAAGCUUGCCAGACUUGCAGUGUGGAGCAUUUGGAUCUGCAUCGUAAGCAUUUUGUCCCUGCCAUCGAUUUUCUACACUUUUGCCCAGUCGACGCCGGCAGAGAACGCAUGGGAACUCAAUGACAACAUGUUGAAGUUCUUCCACAAAACUGCUGCAGUGCAAGCUGUCAUCAUUGAUAUGGUGCUGGCCGUCCCAAUCUCCAGCAAGUUUUCGAAGCUCACUGGAGUCAAAGCAGACCGAUUGCUGAUGACCUUCCGGUUGUUUUCCGCGUGGCUUUUGGCCCUGCUCGCUACGACCGCUUUGAACGAGAACUGCUUGGGUGGCUGGAAGCUAGCGUGGAGAGUGUGCCGACAAGGAUCAGUGGAGCACAACAAAUUCAACUGGAGGAUCUAUGAUGAAGAGAUCUUGAACACCUCCCGAGACCUUUGCAAACUCAGCGAGACUUGGUGGUUUGAUGGCCGAUGCAGCCGCGCCAUCGUGGGGAGCUUGACCCCAUUUCUCUUACAAAAGCUCUUGACGCGGAGUACAUUGCAACCCUUGGUCUUGUGGUUCUUGUGGCACUUCUCUCGAUUGGAACCUCCUGGAGACCCACGAGAAGGGCAACAUCGGAGGCUGUUUGGCGUUUGGCCCAAAACGACCAAAUCUCUGCUGCCCUUGCAACAAAUGGCAUUGCUCACAACACAGAUGGAACUCUUGAUGUUUUGGUCACCCUAUGUUCCUUUACUUUGCCUGGGCAUUCUGGCUGCAGCCGUCACGAACCUAUUGAUGUUUGACCUCGGUACUCGCGUCUACCAUGUGGAACUCCCUUCAGACGAGGUCAACGAGGGUGCUGCAUUGUCAGCCUCAUACUUGCGGCUUGCAUUGAGAGCCGGAUCGCUGUUCCAGCUUUGGCAUGCAUUUAGCACCCAGAUGUUUGGACGAUAUUUGUUGCUGGCCGUUCAUCUGGCAGUCCUGGGACCCUGGGCGAAGUGCUUUCUGCCCGUGAGCUUUGUGAAGCGACGUCUUUGGACCUUAACUGAAAGCACUGAGGCGCAACUGAUUGAACUCACACGGAUGGAGAGUAUCUUUGUUGCCGCUGCACACUGAUGGAAAGCAACAAAAAAAACAGCUUUGCUUAGCCGUGCGUUCGCCGUGCCUUCUUCGAGGGUGAAAGAACACUUGAUUGCUUCAACUCCCGGAUGUAAGACAGGUGCGAAAGUGAUUCGCCAAAAGCGUUC